ACAUGUUUCAAGAAAUGAAUCACUACCUUCUGAUUAUAAUGUUGAAUCAGUGAUUAUUCUAGAGAAUAAGGAUACAAGAGCAAUAAAACUGACUACACAGUAUGAUAUAGUUCAAGUAUCCAAUUCAACGACUACAAGAUCUG